AUGGAAAUGUCAAUUGUAUUUGCUCCGGUUUUAAGCUUCCAACUUCCGAUUGAUCUGCCUUCCGGUGACGAAAUACGAGCGGUGCCGUACGAUGGUAGAAAUAAUGAGCGAUUCGAUCUCCUAUUGAGCGCAUUACACUGGGAGCGUAAAAUGAGUAUGGUUCUGCAACGCGGCAUUCGACCUUUAACCGAUAUCUUCAUUGAAGAGCAGAACAUCUACUCAAAGCUCCACGUGAUCGGACAACUGGAAAGCUUAUACUGGAAGGCAAAACAGUACAAACGCGAUGGCGGAUAUGCCGCUGGGUUAUCGCACAAUGACCUUACAGAACUCUCUGUAUCGGCAAAUGCAGUUAUUCGGCAUGAUAACCAUACCUCGAAAAAAGCACUCUAUUAUUUCAACUUCAUUCAUGCACUCUAUUACUGGAUGAUAAAAGACUAUAAAAACGGCUAUUUAUCGAGCAAGGCACUUUUGAAUGCAGAAAUUCAGGCUGUCAUGCCAAGUGAUUACAUGGACGGUCUGCUGGAAUUUGUAAAUGCAUCAUUUUGCAUGGGCUAUUUUGAGCAGUGUCUGACAGGUUUGAAAGUAGCCAGGGUAUAUUUUGAAGUGCAGAGUUUGGGAUUAACGCAAUCUUAUGCAAUGAAGCUGUUCGCGUAUGAAAGCGUAUACCUGCUUAUGGUCUAUAAUUUCAUGGGCAAUACAGAAGCCCUGGAUAAGACAAUAGAGAAUGUGGUUGAUAAAUUCGGAAGUAACAGCCGGUUUCUGCCUUUGGAUGUACAGCAGGUUAUUCUUGGGAACAUGAUGAAUGCAUACGUUGGUGCCGGUAACCUGAAUAAAGCGAUAAGUAUCUGGUCAGGACUUUUUAAGAAAAAGACCAGGGAGACUGUUGCCAACACCUACCUCUGUAAGCGAUGCCAAGGGUGGCUGUACACGUUCGGACCCAAGCCGGCAGAGCGCCAGCCUUGCACAUGCCAUUCACGGGACAUUCGGGAAACCUGGGACAACUUCCCAACUCAAUCCCCUGUUUGUAAUGGAGAUGAUGGGAUUUCCACCAAACUGGACGGCAUCACCUUUCCAAAGUGGCGCACAGAAAGUAUAAAGGCAGGUGGCAAUGCCAUCGUGCCACAGGUCGCCUUCCAGAUUUUUAAAGUCAUCAAUGAAUUUCUUGCAUAG